UUCCCUGGCCCAUCCCAGCAUGGAGUCUGACACUGAGACUCAAAUUGGGGAAACCCCCAGAGGAGACUGCAGAAAAAUGGACCUAUCCCAUAAAUUUUCUAAGAAAGAGCUCACCUUGCUAUAUGAAGAUGUCCUUUAUACCAUUCUCCAUCGCAUGGGCAAACCAGAACCUAAUCAAGUUUCUGAUCCAGAUGAGCUGUACGCAUAUGUGCAAAAGGUUUUUAAUAUGGAUCCAGAAGAGCAUCGUAUUAUACUACAGAGGACCAAAGAGCUAGAGAGUCCAAUCUUUUGUCUUAAAGCAACUGUGAAGGAAGCCAAGGAAAUUCUGGGUAAAGAUGUCAGUGGGUUCAGCGACCCAUACUGCCUCCUAGGGAUAGAAAAUAAAAAGCAGGACUCUUCCGUUAAUGAUGGCACCCGCCAGGACGGCAAAAAACGAUCGAAGGCUGUGGUGAAGAAUCUGAUCCCUGAAGACCAGACCCACCGCACCCAAAUCAUCCCUCAGACAUUGAAUCCUGUGUGGAAUGAAACCUUUAUACUUGAGUUUAAAGAUAUAGAGAACGCCAGAUUCCAGCUGGACAUGUGGGACUUUGACGAAGUUGAAUCUGUACGGCACAGACUAGGAGAACUGUCAGACCUCCACGGCCUUAAGAGGUUUUUGAAGGAUGCUCGAAAGGACAAAGGGCAACAUGACUUUCUGGGGAACGUGGUUCUUUGGCUGAAGGACCUGCAUUGCAGAAAUGACCGUUGGUACAAUCUGGAACCUCGCACAGAAACCUACCCCAACCGUGGACAGUGCCACCUGCAGUUCUUCUUGCUUCACAAGAGGAGGGCGACCACAGCCAGUAAGACACAGCCAAGCUACACAGUCCACCGGCACCUCUUUAAGCAGAUAAUUUCUUAUGAGAUUCUUCAGCAUCAGGCUGGCAGCACUUCCUGGGAUGGCGAGUUGAACAAACAUGCCUGUACGAUCUUGUAUUUACAUGCAACUCAGAAAGACCUUCCUGUCUUCCAUCAGAUUAUGGCGAAGUGGUUGGCUUACAGCAAGCUGUACCUGACCGUGGAGUUCAAUAGCAACUGCCUACUCCCCCUGAUUACUGGCAUAGAGUACCAGUGGAUGCAAGGACGACUAAACCCUGAACAGAAAGCAGAAUUGGCAGACUCUUUCCAGUCCCUGCUGGUCUACGGGACCUCUCUCCUCCAGAGGUAUCGGAUUGUCUUCCCAAUAUCUGCUCCAAAUUCUGCACAGAGGCUACAAUCGCUGCUCAGGCUCUUGGUCCAAAUAUGUAAAAUGAAAGCCUUCAGAGAACUUUGUACUUUGACCCCUGACCUUCAACAAAUGGUGACCGAGGCACUCAAGUUAGGAACAACAGAAUGGUUUCAGAUGAAGAAGCAACAGCUGAAGCCAAUGGUAAAGACCAUGGAGGAGUGUGGCAAAGCUCUGGUCAGUCUUGUCAAGGAAGUGAAUGCAGAUCUCCAGCAGUGCCACAAAGUCUGGAACAAAUAUUUCAGCAACACCAUGAGACUGGAUCUCUUCUCCAUUGCAUACUUAGAACUGCAGGAGUUGGUGUCCUGUUACGUCAAAGAGAAGCUGAGCAAGAUGGACAGCGGCAUGUCCCACCUGACAGCAGAGAGCCUUUUCGAACUCUAUCUCAACCUACAGGAACUGCAUCAGAUGAAAGAUUUCCUGUGCCACAGUGAAGGUCCUCUUGAACUGAUGAAUUUCCACCAAUGGUUUAAGGAAGCCAUCCCCAAAUGGCUCCAGAAGGCAUACACAAUAGGCCUGGAAAGGACUCAGAGAGCAGUACGAGUGGAUCAAUUGAAGCCACUGGGGGAGCUGAAUAAACAUAGUACCUCUACUGUGGACUUAUCUACCUGUUAUGCUCAGAUGGUCAAGACCUGGCAGCAGCUGGCCUGGCCAGAUCCUGAGGAGGCCUUCAUGAUCAUGGUGAAAUUUGUUGAGGACAUAUGUAGGAUUGCUCUGAUGUACUGCCGGCUGAUCAAGGCAAGAGCAGAAGAAUUGUCCUCAUUGAAUCAACUUGAGGAGGGAGAAGCAGCAAACCGGCUCUGCGUUGUGGUGAAUAACAUUGAGCAGCUUCGCAUGAUUGUCCUGAAGUUGCCUUCACAGCUGGAUUGGGCCCGUCUGGAGCAGCAGAUAGGAGACGUUGUUGCCCCAGAACAGAUCCAGAACACCCUGCAUCAUCAACUUCAAUCUACAGUCGCGUGCCUCAACAACGAGAUCCGAGGCGUAGUGCAGACUCUAGCAACCAAAUUGGAAGCUGGGAUUUCCAGACACAUUCAAGAACUGUCCACCUGCAGUGACUCCAAGGACCCCGAAGAUUGUAUUACCCCAUUAAUGAAAUUCUUGGAGUGUGAGUUUGAGUACUUGCAUGGGAACCUAGUUCAAGAGAACUUCAACAGCCUCCUGGAGCUGCUGUGGAAUCAUACCUUGGAGGUGCUGGCAGGGGCUGCCAAACUGCGAGAUGGCCACUUGAAGUACUUCAAGAAACUGCAGUUUGUCCUCCAGAGCCUGGAACUUUCUUUCCAUGCAGAGGGCUGUGGGCUGCAAAAGGAUACCCUCCACACUGCAGCUUUUACAGCUCUGGAGAAAGAGCUGGAACUCUGCUCUUCCCCCAGCAGAAAACUCAUCCAAAAGUACUUCAAUGCCAGAAUCCAGCAGCAGGUAGAGAUGAACUCGGAAAAAUAUGGGGCUGUGACCAUUAAAGCCAGUUACCGCCACUCAGAACAAAAGCUGCGCGUUGAAGUGCUCAAUGCAGUCAACCUUCUCCCCCUGGACUCAAAUGGUUCAAGUGACCCGUUUGUCCAGCUGACCCUGGAGCCACGGCAUGAAUUCCCUGAGGUAGCAACAAGGACCACCCAGUGCAUCAAGAACAACCUCCAUCCUCUGUUCGAUGAAGUCUUUGAUUUUUUAAUUCCUGCUGAAAAAUGCCAGCAGGAUGGGGCCUGCUUAUUGCUCACGGUGUUUGACUAUGAUACCUUAGGAACCAACGAUCUGGAAGGAGAAGCCUUCCUACCUCUCUGUAGCGUACUAGGACUGAAUGAGGAUGAGGAGCCAACCAACCCAUCCAGAGUGCCCCAGACCCGUUUAUCCUUGAUGUAUCCUGGAACUACUGGUAAUGAAAUCCUGAAGCUUCUGGAGACCCGAAAAGGAGACAGAGAAGCUCAGGCAUUUGUGAAGCUGCGUAGACAACGGGCAAAGCAGUCCAAAUUUGAGUGACAGCAGCCAAGCAAGAGGGGCUUAAAACAGGGCUGAGCUGAGGGGCAGCAGGACUUGUGCUACCAUGGCAACAACAAAGGCGAGGAGUAAGCCAUUAGGCUAUAGCUAUUUUGUCGGGUCACUUUCAUGCCAGACACAGGUGGAGCCCAGGACUCUUUUGUCAGUGCAAGGGGAAUAACGGUGGCAAGCACAAGCUCCAGUCAUCUUUGGAUGGAUGCUUGAUGCAUUUCCAUCGAGUAGGUAACAAACAGGACUGUGCGCGUCUUCUCUGUUUUCCUUCCCCUUUCAGCCUUUUUUAAUUGGCAGCAGGGAUUUUUUUUGAAGUGGAAACAUGGUACUGUUGGAUGCUGCUGCAGGCUAAGGAAAGUGUGACCAGGCACAUGUAUCUAAGCAUGCACUAAUAGGAAAGAGCCUGUUUGGCCAGCAAAGCUUGAAAUGUUUUCCUGUGGGCUUCCCAAGGGAAACACCAUCCAUCUGCUCUCCAGAUGGUACAGAAAGUGGACGAUGUGAUACACCUUGAUGCCAAGGGGGAGGGGCAGUAUUUGGAGGGGAGAAAAUAGACCUGUGAUCUGUACCCAUAAUCUCUGCCACGGGGCCUGGCAGUUCCUUCUGAUUUAAGCACCAUUGACUUGAAAGGGAAUUAAAUGGAGGAGCUGCUGGCAUUGUGCUGUAACGGAUCCCAUGCCCAUCUGCCUCCAGACCAGAGUUUGGAUUAUUGUGCAGAAAGCACAGAUGUUGCUGGAUAGUGAAAACUCUUCUGGUUUAAAUCAGUAAUGAUUCAAUAAAGUAUAUAUUGUUAGGAGUGCUGCUGCUCUUACACAUGCUAUCUGUAUUUGGCUCGCAUUUGAUAUCCAAUGGGUGCUAAACCUAUACAUUACAUGUGUUGUAAAACCAGAAGUUCAAAGGGCACAGAAAUUUCAGAUCCCACAUGCAGUAGGAAAGAUGUAGUAGUGCUGAUGUGAACACUAAACUUCAGUUAAAUCCAGCACCCACUGCAAGACCCCACAAGGGGCCAGAUUAGAGCUGGCUAGAGCCUUCCCUCAACUACUCCUAAUUCUGAAAAGCUUUUUGAAUGUCACCUUUGAAAGUCAAGCUAAUCUCAGUGCUUUCAGUGAUGACACAAGGCACAUGUUGUAUGCAUGAGCCAGUCUUCCACUGCUACAAGGGCUGAAAUAAUAAGGCCAAUUAACUGUAUAUAGUGUGUGUUGCUGGUUUGAAUGCAAAGGCUUAGAAACACCUGUGCUAGAAUCAAGUCUUGUCUUUUGGAGCAGAGGCUAUGGAAUUAUGUAUCUAUUUUUUACCAGAAAAUAAGUGAGCCUUGGAGUAGCUCAAAGAGGCUACCUUGGAGAUGGGGGCGAGGGAUGCCAGCUGGGUGGCUUCCAUGAAAAUUAGAGAGCAGAAAGUGGUUCUCUAUUGAGUUCCUCUUGCAGCAAGAAGAACUGCUGUCUUGUAAGGGAAGAGGUAAGGCAGAGCUGUGCCAUCUCAGUCAGUUUUUCUGCAGCUAUAUGCUGAAUAGAGGCUGGGCAAGGACACUGUUGCGGUAUAGUUUAAAGAACUUCAAAUGUAUAGUAUUUUAAACCUUCGACACAGAAAACAAAGGACAGCCCUUGCAGUUUAUUUACUUUGCACAGGUAACCUAAGGAAAGGCUGCUCAUGGCUUAUGCGGUAUAAAUGUUUUAGCUUGCUUUACUUUAUUUCAGGAGAGGUGUUAGCAUAUUAUAAUUUAACUCCCUGACAGUGUAGCGUAAGAUGGAGGAAGGGGGUGUCACUAAACGUUGUACAGUGUGCAUCACAAUCCAGCGGGGGCCCAUUUAACAAUUUCUGCAGUGAUAAUCACUCUGCAAGUCACACAGAGCCAUGUUCAUAAUUGCCAUCACUCAAAAGAGUGCACAGCUUUUCUCUUCCUCCAACAGCAGCUGUUUCAGUAACCAGCUACCCUCUCAGUACCCGCCCAAUAAAGGGCAUUUACCUACUUUCCUGAAACACAGGGCUGGUGCCGCAAUAGGGCAUGGUUCUCAGAGGAGCCAUAGGUGGCACGUCAGAGAGCCACAUAUGAAUCCCAAGCAGCACUGAACUACUGCUUGUUGGGAUUCUUGCCAAGGAUGUUGGUCUAAGUGGGCCUUGGCCAGAUUGCCAAGGAAUUCCUUAUACGUUUAAGCAAAAGUCAACCCUGGGAGCACAGCGCAGAUGAAUUAUGCCUUAAGGGGUCCUCAGUCUGAUCCUAUGUAGCUCCAGAGCAGCACUCCAAACUCACUCACAGCCCCCAGCUUUCUGUUAAAAAUAAACUAGAGGAUAGCCUACCACUGUUCUAAGAACUAAGGGAAAGCCUACACUGAUUACCUUCUUCCAAACAGACACUCAUGACAAACCAGGUCAGUUUACAAAUGCAUGUUCAUCUCUUGCCGCCUUCCAUGGGCAACUUAGCUGCUACACACUAAACUCCUGUUAUCACCUCCAUUCAUACUGUCCAAGAGUCAAUUCUUACAUUCAGCAGUAUGUAGCCACGUAAAGUAUCUAAGUAUAUAAACUAGCAAGUUCCUACAAGGAGGUGAUAAUCUCAAGCUCCAAACAUUUUGGACUAGGGCAAGUUGGCUUUAAGGACAGAAAAGGGUAUCUGUCAAGACUACACUUAGGCCCGUACAGUUAAAUAAGUAACUAAGGAACUGAUUUCAGGUUUUAGCUCCCAAAUUGACACUGUAUUGUACAUGGCAACUGCACAAAUCCCAUGAGAAAUUGAGCUGGAGUCCAGUUGAGAUGAACAGUUUGUAUCAGAGAGUGGAAAAUGAACUUGCUCUGUAACAGUGUUUUUUGCAAAAAGUAGCAAGUGAUGAUGAUAGAAUCCAACCAACCAAUCAUUUCCCCUAACAGAAAGAAGAAAGCAGCAGUAGUAAUUUUCACCAGUUCUCUCUUACUGCUGGCAAGUUCCAUUCUGUUAGGUAUAGGGCCUUCCAUCAACAUGAAUGAUUGGUGGGAUACAACCCAUAGACUGUGAGUAUUAAGGACAUUCUAUACAAUUUCUGCUGUGGUUAGUAGUGUGGAGACAAAAAGAUAACAGGAGGAAAUGUCAGUGUCCUUCUUAAAAGGUUUCCUUGAAGCUGCCGGUACCUGUUGCACUUAGAAUGCCGUGCAAUGUCUCCCACAUGUUAUAUACUCACUGGCAGAGAAAGUUCCACUAUUCAGUCGUUCAUUCAUGUCUGGGAUUGUGCUCACCCACAGACAGACAGCUUAAGAUGCAUUCUCAUACAUCACUCGCAUGCUGUCUGAUACCCAUACAGGGGUGGGAUGCACAAAAUGAUAAUGUUCCAUUGGCGGUAACAGUUUAUAUAAACCUAGUGGGGAUCAUAAACUUGGAAUUUUUUUGUCUAUCUGCUAUCAAUAAUACACCAUUAAAACAGAAAUGGGGGGGGGGUGUCACCACAGUGCUAAGAUCACAGGGGAUGGGAUAAUCACUGCAAAGCCAAAAUUACAAGUACACAAAAACUUGGACAGAUAACACACACACACACACACACAGGUAGGUGGGAAAAGGCUGUGCCCUAGUUCACUGAAGUCACUCUUCAUGUCUGUUGAAAUCAAUGAGAUGAGUCAGUCAUCAUCUCUAACUCCAGUUAGUUGUGACUACUUUAUCCCAUUUUUAAAGGGAUUUAAGAUAAUGGUUUUUGUUCUGGAGUUGUUUCAAACAAAGAACGUCCCAUGUUUUUAACCUUUCAAAUUCUCUUAUAAAAGUUGCAUAAUUAAAAAGACCAAAUUAGGUAAACAUUCACUUCUUUCAGAGGCAAAGUCUUGUGAGAAAGGUUAUAGACUGUUUUCUUUCCCUUUAAGAGCGAUAGGAAGGCAAAAUGGCACAUUGGCAAACUAAUUUUAAAGUUAAUUGGGAACCGUCUAGAAUUUUAUGGAAGUUGAUUUUGCGUUGUAUGCGUAAACAAUGGCAGUUAACAUCUCCCAUGCAAGGAGAUGAUUUUCUUGCUGAGGUGGAGAUACUUUCUAUGUGGUAGGCAUUUGGGGCCAGAACUGUACAUUAUGAGUACUUCCGUAACUGAUUUCUCAGAGUGCUUAGUUUCAUCUGGUAAAUAAUCUUCAGGUGACUUCCAAUUUAGCCAAAACAAGGGAGAAGGGGAAAGAGGGCUGUUCAAAAUUGCCCCCAGCUUUUUUUCUCCUGGAGAUCUCUCUUUCCUUGUUCUCCCUGUUGGUCUUCCACUAAGUCUGAAGCCACUUAUAGCAGCUUUACAUGACAGAACAAACCCCUCAGCAAAAGAGAGUCACAAGAGCUUGCAUGUAAUGUGCGAUACUAUCCUUAGUAGUGGGAGUAAGCAAAGGUUUUUUUUAAAUGCAUAUGUAUUUAUAACAUGAAUCUGUAACAUGAAUUUUUUGAAUACCUGAAAUUAUCCUUUAUUUACGGUAUAGGGCAGGGGAGGAUUUAUAUGAGACGUGAAUUA